AUGUACGGAAUGGUACGUGGCUCGCCCUUUGGGCAGAUUGUCCGAUUCGUCACCAAGAAUAAGUAUUUCCGAUAUCCCGAAGAGCAAGAAGGGUUUACGCACCCCUACUACACCUCCGUUCCCUUCCCGAAGGAAGCUGAGGCAGAACAAUCCGCUCCUUCGAAUGCCGGCCUAGAGGAUGCUGCCACACUUGGUUCUGACAAGCGAGAUAAUCAAGAUGCUGCGAGAGAUGUUCCAACCUCUGGAUCCGAUGAAGACUUGGAGAAUAACAACACGGAGAAUCCUAUUGAAAGGGUGGUUACUAUGCAAAGCCAGCAUGAGGCGCAUAGAACGGAGAGUCGCGCUAUUAGGCCGACGCAAACAAGCGACGGGAUGAUAGUAGUCGACUGGUACACGACUGAUGAUCCCGAUAACCCGCAAAAUUGGAGUGCCUUUCAAAAAGGCUUUAUUGCCUUUCAAAUUUGUAUUUAUUCCUUUGCCGUGUACUUUGGCUCCUCCAUCUACGUCGGCGCCGUUCCCGAGGUUGUCCAGAGAUUUGGCGUCAGCAUCGAAGUGGCUUCACUAGCCCUCUACGGCCUGGGUGCCAUGUUAUUUUCUCCACUCAGCGAGAUCGCCGCGAUUGGAAGAAACCCUCCAUACAUCAUCACGCUCUUCAUUUUCACCAUUCUAUGGAUUCCGGCAUCCGUUGUGGAUAACUUCCCCGGAUUUGUGGUCCUUCGGUUCUUGACUGGUGUUUUCGGUGCUCCAUGCCUUGCAACCGGAGGCGCUUCACUGAGUGAUGUUUACCCGCUCAUCCAUGUCCCGUAUCUGUUGAUCAUCUGGGGUGCAGCCACUGUCUUCGGCCCUGCUCUGGCACCAGUCAUCUCAAACUUUAGCGCUCCCGUCAAAGGAUGGCACUGGGUAUCUUGGGAGAUGCUGUGGCUCAGUGCUCCGAUCCUCAUCAGCUUCUUCUUCCUCGUACCCGAGACGUCGUCGGCCACGAUCCUGUACUACCGAGCAAAGCGAUUACGAAGAAUCACCGGAAACCAAGCAUACCGUUCACAAGUCGAGAUUGACCACGCUAAACAGCACCUGACGAUGAAGGAUAUCCUGUACAAGGCCAUCAUCAAGCCUGUCGAAAUCAACGCUCUUGAUCCCUCAGUGCUCUUCUCGACCGUCUACACCGGUCUUGUCUACGCCAUCUUUUACUCCUUCUUCGAGGCUUUUCCCAUUGUCUUCUCGGAAACGUACCACUUUGACUUUUCUGUUUCUGGACUCCCAUUCUUGGGCGUAUUGCCGGGAUUGUUUGUGGCGUGUACCUUGUGUGUCCUGGGUUGGCACUACCAAGUCGUCAAACCGUUUCAAACCGAAGGGUUCAAGGCAUUUGGAAUUCCAGAGAACCGUCUAGUACCGGCACUCUUCGCAUGUUUUUGGCUUCCGGCAGGCCUGUUUCUUUUUGCAUGGACGGCUCGCCCAAGCGUUCACUGGAUUGCUUCCAUUAUAGGCCUGUCAAUGUCCAUUGUCGGCACAUUCACCAUCAUUGCGUGUAUAUUUCAGUAUCUAGCCUUCACCUACCCGAAGUACUCGGCAUCUUUGUUUGCGGCAAACGACUUUGCCCGGUCAACGCUCGCGGCCGCCGCCAUCAUGUUCUCGCGACCAAUGUUUGUUAACCUGGGAAUACACUGGGGAGUGUCUUUGCUUGCGUUUUUAGACAUCAUUUGCUGCAUUUUACUGUUUGGACUGUGGAAAUUCGGACCCAAGCUGCGAGCCCGCAGUCGCUUCGCCGAGUCAUAA